ACGUAGUCCAUUAAGACUCUCGAUUUAUUGGCGCGAGCUUCAGUUUGACAAUAGCUCGCUACGUGCUACACACUCAGCGCGCGGACAUGCGAGUCGCUGUUUUUUGGACUCUCGCGGCCCUGGUGGCUUGCGCUUGUGCCGCGGAACAAAAAAAGAUAGUAUGCUACUUCGGCAGCUGGGCCGUCUACCGUCCGGGCAACGGCGAGAUCAGCAUCGAGAACGAGAUCGACGCGUCGCUCUGCACUCACUUGAUCUACACGUUCGUGGGCCUCAACGCCGACGGCACGAUCAACAUCCUGGACAAGUGGGCUGACCUGCCGGACGCCGGUGGUCGGGACGGCUACAACAAGUUCAAUCAGCUGCGCAACGGCAAUCCGCGAACCAGGACCCUCGUGGCGAUCGGCGGUUGGAACGAGGGAUCGGUAACGUACUCGAAGGUCGCCGCUGACCCGGCGCUUCGUGCCACCUUCGUCGAGUCGGCCGCGACGUUCGUCAGGAAGUACGGCUUCGACGGUUUGGACUUCGACUGGGAGUAUCCGAAUCAACGAGGCGGUUCUCUCAAGGACAGGGAGAACUACGUGCUGCUGCUGAAGGAGCUGAGGAAGAGGUUCGACGAGGAGGGCUUGCUGCUGUCGGCUGCCCUCGCAGCUGCACAGUCCUCGGCUAGCAAGUCGUACAUCGUUCCGGAAGUUGUCAAGUAUCUGGACCUUGUCAAUCUGAUGGCCUAUGACCUGCACGGUCUUUGGGAUAAGACGACCGGUGUCAAUGCGCCACUGUACGCGGGCUCCUGGGAGAGGGGAGACCAGAGGCUUCUCAAUGUGAACGCCUCGAUCAACUGGUGGAUCUCGCAAGGCGCUGCACCGGAGAAGCUCAUUCUCGGCAUACCCUUCUACGGGCGAAGCUUCAGUCUGGACGACCAGAGCCAAACCGGAAUCGGAGCCCCAGCAACCGCUCCCGGUAGAGCAGGUCCUUACACCCGACAGGCCGGCACUCUGGGCUACAACGAGAUCUGCGAGGAUCAGGACUGGAAGGAGACGUGGCAGGAGGAACAGCGCGUGCCUUACGCCGUGAAAGGCGACCAGUGGGUCGGCUAUGAAAACCCCAGGUCCGUCCAAGAGAAGGCCGAGUUCAUCAACAGACUGGGACUAGGCGGUGUGAUGGCCUGGAGUAUCGAGACCGACGACUUCAAAGGCAUCUGCGGCGAGAAGAAUCCGCUUCUGAAGACCCUGAACCACGUGCUGCACGGUGGUGCGCCUCUGCCGCCCACGUCUGCCACGACGAAAGCUCCGGACGCCGAGGUGAAAUGCCGGACGACGGGCUUCGUCUCUCAUCCCAAGAAAUGCUCGGUCUUCUACGUCUGCGUCCAGAACGCGUCGGGCGGCUUCGACAGCCACGAGCUCAACUGUUCCAAGGGCCAAUUCUUCGACAAGGUGCAGAUGAGGUGCAAUUAUCCGAACCUCGUUCGCUGCUAGAGAUAUUGCGAGGGUACGGAUGACUGGUUUCGAGCGGAAGCUCGAUAUCGAUCUUGAUGUCUGACAUGAUCGGAAUCUGAGCUGGCUAUAUACGUAUAUGCAUAAACAAAUAUUCAUUACGUAAUUCGAGAGAUAUAAAAUCUUCGGCAUGCGUGACAUGAUCGACGAUGAUAAAUAAUUUUCAUUCGCGCGUGCGAGCGCGUAAUAUGUAAUAGAUGCGAUUAAACUAUAUGUAAAUAUAAUAUACAAGAUAUUUUUGCAACCUCA